AUGAAAAAAGAAUCAAAUAAUUCAGGAGAUUAUAAUUCUCGAAAAGAUUGCCUAUUGACUCUUAAAAAAAUUGAUAAUAUGCUUUUAGCUAAGUGACCUUUUUUCUGCAGCACUCCAACUCCAAAGAGCUUUUUAUUAAAACGAAAAUAUAAGAAAAACGAGCUGAAUUAUAAUCAAAAUACUCUGCCGCUUACCAGCAAAAAUCCUUCUCCUAUCCGCUCGAGAAUUAACUGAUCGUUUCUUAACUCUUAUGAUCGAUCGCAAGAGAAAAUUGAGAGAAAUGUUACUCCAAAGCCAGCUAGCUUUGCUAGGAAACUACUUUUUGUGCCUAAAUCAAAUUUUUCAGAGCCUAUUCUCUAUGAAAUUAACCUAUUCUAAUUUUUUCAAUAAAUAAUUUCUGAAUAAUUUUAACCCAUUUUAGCAUAAAAUAUUUAAAAGUCUGGACGUUGGGUGCCAAACUUUUAGCCGACAAGGGAAUUAUACAAACGACUCAGUUAUAGAUAUAUCAUUCCCUGCAAACAGCCCAAAAUUAGAUAACGAAAUUCUAUUCCCUCCAAUAAGAAAAAUCGUGUUUAUAAAACGGAAAAUCAAAUCCAGUAACUUAGAUUUUGAUAAAGUUAAUGAUAAUUAG